CCUAGAUUUGAGAAUAAGUGAUUAUGUCUGCCAUAAUCAAGUUGAAAACCCUGGAGGGACAUCUUGGCACUCUCUCAGGGUUUUCGGAGCCUAGACUUGAGCUAGAGCAAUAUGAGACACCAGCGCAUAUUGCUGCUGUUGCGCUUUACACUAUACAGACCCAAUUUGAAGCCCUACAGAACAAGAUAGUGCUGGAUGCUGGCUGUGGUACUGGAAUGCUGUCUCUAGGAGCAUCGUUGUUAGGAGCUGGCACUGUGGUUGCUGUGGAUAUUGAUGAUAAUGCCCUUGAAGUUCUGCAGGAGAACCUUGAAGACACUGGUGUCACUAACAUUGAUGCUGUUCAGUGCAACUUUCUUAACUCAAAUUUUUGCAGAUGUGACCAUUACUUUGACACAGUGCUCAUGAACCCCCCAUUUGGCACAAAGCAUAAUGCUGGAAUAGAUAUGAAGUUUCUCAAAAUGGGAUUGGAUCUCACUUCUGAUAGUGUUUUUUCUCUGCACAAAUCUUCAACAAGAUCUCACAUUCAAAAGAAAAUAAAGGAGUGGGGUGUAAAAGGGAGUGUGAUAGCAGAGCUCCGAUAUAAUUUACCAGCCACAUACAAAUUCCAUAGAAAACAGACCAGAGACAUUGCUGUAGACUUAUGGAGGAUACAUCAUCCAAACUUAUAAGGAAAUCACAUUGUACUGUAUGAAUUG